CUCUUCCUUUAUAAACUCAUUCCUUCUCCCCCUCGGGUUCUCCACUUUUGAGAUUACCGCCGAAAGAAAAGCCAUCCUGCCUGCGGAUACGGAGUUACGAACAGAAGAAAAUAGAGAGGUCCGUGGAUCCGUCUUCGGUGCUACUGUGUGUUCAGGACUCGUUAUGGUGGUACUUCGGUUCAACUUUUGUUAUCAGAGUUUGAGCGAGCAAUUGGUUGCUAAUUUUCUGCUAUACCGUUGGUUUCCUUGAUGUCGUACUCCAGAAGAUCAAGAUAUUCUCAUUCUUGCUCCCCAUAUGGAAGGUAUAGGUCUGUCUCAAGGUCAUUGUCAAGGUCAAGUUCAAUAUCAAGGAGCCGAUCAAGGUGGUUUCCUUCAUCUAAUCUUGACAUAGCAUACAGGAGUUGUGAGUCAAGUGUUGAGAAUCCUGGAAACAAUCUCUAUGUGACAGGAUUAUCAACUCGGAUAACAAAGAGAGAGCUUGAGAAGCAUUUCUCAACAGAGGGAAAGGUAGAGGAUAUUCACCUUGUGGUUGAUCCCUGGACAAGGGAGUCUCGAGGGUUUGGUUUUGUGACCAUGUCCAGUGUUGGAGAGGCUGAUCGUUGCAUCAAAUAUUUGAAUGGAUCUGUUCUGGAGGGCCGGGUUAUUACAGUGGAAAAGGUAGCUGUGUGUAGCAGCUCUUCACCAAAGUCAAUACAACUAACCAAUCAAAUCAAACACAUCAAGCAAAUAUCAGACUAUUAUAUCAGAGGGUUGUAUGCCCCUGCAUUUCUCUUUCUCUACCAAUUUAGCCUUUUGCUUAUUUCUUGCUUAAUACUAACCUUUGCAUCUAUAUGCCCCUUUGUAUUAACUAGUCCAAUUUGGGGUGCCUUGCAUUGCUGUGAUUGGAUGGUGAAUUUCAUGAUCUCAUGCCAUCUAUUUCUGCAGGCUCGGAGGCGGAGAGGCCGGACUCCUACACCAGGAAGGUAUCUUGGGUUGAGAACAAUCCGAGGACGACGUCAUUCUCCAAGUUACUCCCCUUAUUCAAGGAGCCGUUCUCCCCAUUAUUCAUCUGAACGAGGUAGAAGCAGAUCCUACUCUCCUUAUCACAGAAGGAGAUCGUACUCACCUUAUUAUGGCUGCCACGGUUCGUAUUCUCCUCCUUACUGCCGUGGAAGAUCAUAUUUGCGAUCUCUUUCACCUUACAGCAGGUCACCAGUUGGCAGGCGUAGACGGUCUGCCUCUCCUCAUGACUCCAGGCGUGAAAGGUCACACUGCCCUUCUGACUCCAGGUACCAAUCACCAGAUGAUCGGUACUACAGAAGAAGCCGGCGGGAAAGGUCAUACUCCCCAUACGACUCAAGGUAUUAUGCCCCGGAUGAUCGUCAUUACAGGAAAAGAAGGCGUGAUAGCUCCUACUCCCCCUACGACUCCAGGCGGCGUUCACCAGCUGACUGGUACUCCAAGAGAAGCCGCAGCCAAUCUGUCUCUCGUAGCAUCUCAACAAGGUCAAGGAGGAAUUCUAGACAAAGCUAUUCACGCAGUGGCUCUCCCAGGUCAAGGCGAAGUUUGAGGAGAAGCUACUCUCGAAGUGGUUCACCCAGGCGGUCUAGGAGAAGCUACUCUCGCAGUGUUUCCCCCAAACCGAGGAGCUUGAGGAGUACAUCUGGUGGCUCCUCGCACAAGUAUGAAUAUUCGCGGGGUGGACAUUCUUCCAGGAGCUCUUCCAGGAGCCGUAGUUGGAGUGUACGUUCCAGAUCAGUUUCAAAGUCUGUUAGUUCUAGGUCUGCUUGACAAUGACUUUUGGAAUUUAGUUAAUUGCGAGCAGGUGCGAGUUUAAUAUCAUGUGGUUGUAGUAAAACCCUAUGCAUACUUUACUGGGAGUUCUAUUGAUCUUUUAAGGCAACCAAUUAUUUA